GUCACGAAGGCAUAAGAUCUCCUUUCUACAGUACGGACGGUUCCAGCACAUGCAUCUGCUAAUUACUCUUAUGCUCUAAUGCUAGUCUAGCUACAUGCUGUCUAUUUGGCUGCCUCGACCGGUUCUCCUUGUGGUUAGCCGAUGAUCUGCACUUACCGUACCGUACCUUUUCGCUGUGUAUGAAGCAGGACAGUCAAUAGUGCACGGACAGAACCCCAACGCCCGCAUGAGGGGUAGAUUGGUAGCCUUGCAAACGCUACAAACCCUGCAAGCCCGACGCGCCGAAACGCGGGUCUCUAUAGUCACGUGCCUGGAGGCAAAUAUUGCAGCCAAACAUUUAUCACCUCCGGGGCAUGUGAUGCUGACCAUGGUUUGGGGACUCUUCUUGCCUGAAAAUCCUUCCCCAACGUCCCAAGUCCCCAUGGGCCCCUAUGAGGGGCCACUGAAACAAGUCUGGCUACGGGGAGGAGCAUGCCCCGGCCAGGUCCAACUAUUCCCGGAGUGGGGAAGGGAAGGCUUGAAAAGGCGGUCGACUCUAGGCUCCGGAGUAGCCUGGAGGCUGGAGGCUGUCUCUCUCUUCCCCGGCCAGAUGUGGCUGGUUUUCAUGGGGCUUUCCCAAAAUGCUAUCAAGUGACGGGACCCCCGCCUGAGAUGCACUGCCAUCAUCUGUAAGGCCCCCGUCGGCCAUUGGCACGUCCCCCCUCCCAUCGCCUCUCCUCCCCCAUCCCUCGCAGGGCUGUGACUGGAAUUUUACGUGGUGGACAGCCAUUCCCUCGGUAUUCCCUAUUCAUGCAAAUUUG